CGUACGUGUCCAGGAUACAGGAGAAAAGAAGAGUUCAAAGCAAUCAUCUCUCUCCCUUGUCUCGCCUCUUCUCCAAUCACAGAAGAACAAACAUGGACAUGACAAAGGUGUUACCGGACGAGUGCAUGUCUCUCAUCAUAUCGCUUACGUCCCCUCGAGAUGCCUGUCGAAUGGCCCUUGUUUCUCGUGCUUUGAGGUCAGUUGCGGACUCUGACGCUGUAUGGCUGGUGUUUCUGCCUUGUGAUUACAAGCAAAUCAUUUCCAAAUCAUCAUCAUCACCUUCAUUGUUUUCAUUACCAAAGAAGGAUCUGUAUUUCAGUCUCUGUCAUCGUUCCAUUCUCUUUGAUGACGGUACUACGAGCUUUCGACUGGAGAAAGAGAACGGGAAAAAAUGCUAUAUGCUAGGAGCAAGAGCACUUUCAAUUCAAUGGGCAGAUUCUCCUGACUAUUGGAGUUGGAUACCUCUACCGGAGUCUAGAUUCUCUGAGGUUCCUAAGCUCAAGAAUGUGUGGAGGCUCGAUGUGAAGGGAAGGAUUGAGUUGAAAACUUUAUCUUACAGAACGAACUAUUCAGCAUACCUUGUGUUUAAGAUUGUCAGGGACAGAUAUGGAUUCAGGCAUACACCGGUGGAGUUUCGUGUCAUCAUUAAUGAAGGAACCGCUUCAGGGAAGGUGCGUAGUGUAAUCCUGGACCCUCCACCGAAUGUGCCCCAGCAAGCAAAAGAGAGGGGAGAUAGCUGGCUGGAGAUUGAAAUGGGUGAGUUCUUCAAUGAAUGUGGAGAUGAUACGAGAGUGGAGUUUUAUCUACGGGGAGUUCAUGAUAAUCAGCCUAAGCGAGGCCUCAUUAUCGAAGGAAUCGAGCUCAGACCUAAAGAUAAUAGAACUAUUCAAAACUCAAAGUUUGACAGCAUUUUCCCAGGUAGGCAUUUGAAAUUUCCUUUUAAGUUUGCAAAAUCAAUUACCUAUACUACUUUAAGGUGAUGUAACCAUGAAGAUGGAACUAGAAAGAGUAUAAUGCCAUGAACUCAUGAUGCAGACUGUAGAACUGGAAUUCUAAGGUUUACUGUCUCUCUUUUCCCAUCUUCUUUUGCGUCGCAAGGCAUGCAUAGACACCUUGCUUUUACAAUGCGAACUUGGGAAGGAAAUUCCCGGUUCAUCGGCUACAAGGACCUAGCCCUCUUAAAGAGUUAAAAUAGUAUUAUUGGCCAUAUCCUCUUUAAUGUCUCCCUUCCCCUGUUAAUUUUGUUAUGAAAAUUUAUGGGAAAAAUGUGGGCUGUGCUGAGAAAUGGAGAUUAAUGGAACUGGGAACAUUCAUUGUUUGCUCUGUGUGUAAAUCUACAUCUUUUUUGGUACUGGACUUUAGUGCCCAAACUCGGCUUACAAACGUAAGAAACUAGCUAGUUAUAGGUAUCACUUGGUCAGCAACAAGCAAGUUCCCUAAACCUGGAGCUGGGUUUUCAAUAAUAGUCAGACCGAGGAUAGUAGUUUGCCCCAUGUUGGCCAAAAAAAUCCAAGCGAAGAUUACCUUUCCAUAGCAUAUCCUGAAUAUACAUUCAAGGCCGCCAUUGUCCAGAAGUUUCAAACUGUUUCUAACAUUGCCGGCGGAUGGGAUUCCACAAUUCCUUUAAUUAAAAAUUUCACAAGAUCUCAGAGUAAAGCCUCUGGCAAUUGCAUAUCUGAAUUAUACCCUCCUGCUUUGAAUAAUUGAGAUUUCAUUUAUCCAAGAAAACAGGGGAUAGCCUCCUACAAGAAUACAAUAAUGCAGUUGGGAAACCAAGCUACAAGCCGAUGAAUACAAGAAAUUGAGAGAUAGGAGAAAAAGAAAAGAAAAGAAGGAGCAUUAGGCUUGCUACUAGAAGUCUAGAUUCUGGAGCAAUUCCCCAUUUUGCCCAAACAUUGUCAGCAUUUCCUUGCAAGCAACUCCUUAUAUCCGUAGCAAUUUAUUUAUUACAGUUCCAACUGCCAACUAUUGCCGGGCUACAGAUGUGAUAUAUGUAAUCAAGCUCACUUUGCCCAUGUGCGGUACUUUCUCUGGAUGCCUGACUUGUCGAGAAUCAGUUACAAUCGGUAAUCACUCUCCAA